AUGGAACUCUUGGACUAUAACGUUGUUGACAUAUCUGACGAUUCCGUUGGAUCUGCCGACUCGGACGCUGGCGACGGAGACCUGGCAUACAGCCCCGAUAUCUACUCGUCUCUAUCUCACCCGGACUCAAUAAGAAUCCUGCAUCUCUUGCCAGUAGAGGAGGACGACGCCGAAAUUCGGGGCGAACUGGUAUCGACGAGAAUUUCCGACUGUCAAGAUGCCCGCAACUCAUACAUCACCCUCUCGUAUGUCUGGGGUCACCGCAUGAGCCCCGAGCCCAUCAACAUCAAUGGGGAACAAUUUUCCGUUCGACAGAAUCUCUUCGAUGCACUGCAGAAUCUACGGCAUACCAAUCAAUCCAUCCGACUUUGGGCAGACGCAAUCUGCAUUGACCAAGUCAACCUCAAGGAGCGCAAUCAUCAAGUCCAGCAAAUGCGAGACAUAUACGCUUCGUCCACCGAGACAAUCAUCUACUUGGGCAAUGAUGAUGGAAGCAACACAUCCCUCUCGGCUUGGAACUUUUUGGAGAGGCAGAGCGAGUGGUCUCUCAACGAUAAGGGCGACAAGGAUUACGAACGGCCCUCGGACCUGGAGGAAAACCUCACAAGUUUCCGAGGCGAGAUCUCAGACGUCGAAAACUCUGUCCUGAUACAACCGUGGUUCUUGCGGGUCUGGGUACUUCAGGAAGUCGUAGUGUCAAAGCUGGUAUCCAUUCAGUGCGGCCGACGAAGGAUUCCGUGGGACGACUUUUGCAAUGCUCUUCUUUCGAACCCGCGCUAUCACGACCAGUAUGGGUUCAGCUUACGGGCCAAGGAGAAAGUCGACAUUGUGCGGGACAUGUUCCAAGCCCGAUGCGCCUAUCAAGAGUCUCACGAUCUCCACCACCUCCGGCCGACAUGGCACUCUCGCGUCAUCAGCUACGGAAGCCGAAGUGACGACAUAGUCGAGAUGCUCACAAGAGCCCGUCAACUGGAAGCGUCCGAUCCCCGAGACAAGGUCUUUGCCUUAUUGGGUAUCUCCACGAAUGUUGAUCUCGACGACGCGCGGCUGUCCGUCGACUACGACAAACCUGUCGCUCAGGUCUACGCGGACUUUGCCAGGUAUGUCAUGGAGACAACUCAGAGCUUGGCCAUUCUGAGCUACUCCAUGUUCAUGUCUCCGUUUACCAAUAUCCCAUCAUGGGCACCGGACUGGAACCGCAGCAUGAUGGCUCGAGAGAUGGAGGGUGAAAGACACGCCAGAAUGAUUGGGAAGAUCAGGAAACAGCGUGUUAGAAGGAAUCCCAGAUGGUUUGACGAAGACGAGCCUUUAGAAGUGGAAUCUGAAGAGGAACCUGAAGAGAGGUCCUCGGAGGACCUCGUAGAGCCAGCACGAGACUCAACACAAGCACCGAUGCAGAAGCAAGAAGAAGAAGCCUCCCAGAAAUCGUCGAAUAAGGAGGAUGGACCAGAACGAGACAAUGCUUACUUGAGCGUUGUUCCAGAUGUUCCAUUUCAGGACUUUAUCGGUCCGACCAUCCUGAGUUCACUUGAGAGGGAAGCCGAAGAGACAGAAGCUCGGCGGAAAGCCGUGGCGAUGAGCAGUAUGAGGUGGCCAGGCAGUCCAAAACUACGCCUCGAGCUCAUUGGGACUUGCAUAGGUCGAAUCAACUUCCUCGGACCUUCGAUAUCUCUCCGUGGACUAGAUGAACUGGCUUUUGAAAAGCUCAGACAUCAGUUCUCGGACAAUCCAGCAGAGCUGAGAAGGGCAAUUCUGCGCAGAUGGAGAGGCCUUCUUCUUGUGCGACACGCGGGACCAGCUUGGGCAGAAGGGACUCUUGUGCAUGAAGAUCCGGAUUUUGUGGCACUCACAACAGAGGGGAAUGACUGGAGUCUCUUUGACGACGAUCCGGAUCUCGGCCCCGAUACAAUCGAGAGCCAUCUGUUCGCUCGAGGCAGGAAGACGGCGGCUUGGUCGAGCGACCAAGGGAAACUUCCAAACAGUAUUAUCGACAAAUCAUCUGUUCUCGAGGGAACGAGGAUCGGAACUUUUUACAACUUAAUCAAGCAUAGCCCGCACACGAGGGUCAUCCUGCCACUUGGAGCAUGCGCCGAGGACUUCAUUGUAAUGUUCCGCGGCGCGAGAGUUCCGUUCGUUGUGCGGCGCAUCGCGCCCACAUCAACAUAUUCUCCUGAGCCGCGCAACAUAUCAGAAGGCUCAGAGGCAGCUCAGAACACCGAGAAUCCUGAAGUAUCCGACUUUCGAGAAGGGAUGCCAUUCGAGCGGUGCAAGCUGAUUGGAGAAUGCCUCAUCAACAAUCCCAAUCACUGGGCGGAUUUUGGACUCGGGCGAAGUCAUGGAACCAUAUUCUCGCUCGACUGA